CGAGACACUUCUUAAUACCACAAUGGCGCCAAAACAACUCAAUUUUAUCACAGGAAACAAGAACAAGCUCUCGGUAGUAAAGGCGAUCCUAGGCGAUACGGUCAGCCUGCAGAGUCAGUCGUUGGAUUUGGUGGAAAUCCAAGGGACAAUCGAGGAGAUUUCAGUGGAUAAAUGCCGAAGAGCUGCAGAUGCUAUUAAAGGCCCGGUGCUAGUUGAAGAUACAUGCUUAUGCUUUCAUGCAUUGAAAGAGCUUCCGGGUCCGUAUAUCAAGUGGUUCUUUGCAAAGCUUGGGCACGAAGGACUUAACAAUCUUCUCGCCGCGUACCCUGAUAAGUCUGCCCAAGCAGUAUGCACGUUUGCUUACUGCGAAGGACCUGGCCAUGAACCCGUCAUCUUCCAAGGUCGCAUUGAUGGCAAGAUAGUAUCAGCAAGAGGUCCAACAAAUUUCGGCUGGGAUCCGAUAUUCGAGUACAAGGGGCAGACAUAUGCCGAGAUGGACGAGGCAGAAAAAAACAAGAUCUCACAUACUUCACGAGCAUUGGAUAAGCUGAAGAGGUGGCUGGAAGAAUCGUAGAUGUCAUACAUAUAACUGAUAUAUAUCGAAAAUUUGGAAACUUAAUUAUCUAGAGAGGUACAGAGGUUAGGCUUCCGGUCUCGGGUUGGGAACACGGAUUACGGAGUGGCGAGGUACCCAAUUAAAUAGACAGACUCUAUUGAUACGCA